CCCUCCGCGACGCGGCGAGACCAUGGCGGCGGCGGCGGCGGGGGGGGGCAGCGGGGCCGGGGCUGUGCCCGCCGCCACCCGCCUGCAGGCCUACGCCUGGUGCCGGGAGUUCCUCGCCGGCUCCUGGAAGCUCAUUGGGCCCGAGGAGUUCGGCAUCGGGCCCGUCAGCGGGGGGCUCAGCAACCUGCUGUUCAAGUGCGCGCUGCCGGAGCACAUCCUCAGCGUGGGGGACGAGCCCCGGCAAGUGCUGCUGCGCGUCUAUGGGGCCAUCCUGCAGGGCGUGGACUCGCUGGUGCUGGAGAGCGUGAUGUUCGCCAUCCUGGCCGAGCGGGCGCUGGGGCCGCGGCUCUACGGGGUCUUCCCCCAGGGCCGACUGGAGCAGUACAUUCCGAGCCGGCGCCUGCGCACCGAGGACCUGCGGGACCCCGACAUCUCCAAGGAGAUCGCGGUGAAGAUGUCGCGGUUCCACGGGAUGGUGAUGCCCUUCAACAAGGAGCCCAAGUGGCUGUUUGGGACCAUGGAGGGGUACCUGAAGCAGAUUGCGGAGCUCACCUUCCCUGAGGAAGAGCAGCUGAAGAAGUUCAACCACCUCCAGGCUUACAACCUGCAGGAAGAGAUGAAGAGCCUGAGGGAGCUGCUGGAGUCCACCCCCUCGCCGGUGGUCUUCUGCCACAACGACGUCCAGGAGGGGAACAUCUUGCUGCUGGCGGGGCACGAGGCUUCUUCCUCUGACAAGCUCAUGCUCAUCGACUUCGAGUACAGCAGCUACAACUACCGGGGCUUCGACAUCGGGAACCACUUCUGCGAGUGGGUUUACAACUACACCCACGACUCCUGGCCCUUCUUCAAGGCUUCCCCGGAGAACUACCCCAGCCGGCAGCAGCAGCUGCAUUUCAUCCGACACUACCUCUCGGAGGACUCGGGGCGACGCGGGGACACCACGCACGAGGAGCAAGCCCGCAUCGAGGAGGAGAUGCUCACGGAGAUCAACCGGUUCGCUUUGGCCUCUCACUUCUUCUGGGGGCUGUGGUCCAUUCUGCAGGCGAAGAUCUCCACCAUCCAGUUCGGGUACCUGGACUAUGCCCAGAGCCGCUUCGAGGCCUAUUUCCAGCACAAGGCGCAGUGCUCCUGAGAGGAGCGCCCCCCCCGCCCUGCCCGUGCCCCCCCGUUGAUGCCACAGCCUCCCCCCCAGCAGCACCCGUGCUCCAAGGGGGGCUUCCCCCCAACCUGGGCUCCCCCGACGCUGCUGUAACAGUUUUGGAGGGGGGGCUGGUGUCCGUCCGUGCUCCCCAGGUCGUGGCUGGUGGGACCCCCCCUGUCCCAGCCAGCAGUGGGGGGGCUGAUGCAGCCUGGAUCAGGGGGGGUCACAGGGUGGCUCGGCUGUCCUGGCUGCCCCUCGCAGGGUCCUGCCUGCGGGGAGGGGUCCCGGGGUGCUGCUGGGGGGCAGAGGGGUGCGGGGGGACCUAUGCUGGCAUCUCCUUCCCCCCCACACACCCCUCCCCAGAGCUCUGGGGCCAGGGCAGGACCCCCAAGCUGGUCCCCCUCUCCCUCACUGCUCGGCCAGUCUGGGGCUGGGGGCUGCUCCUUCCCCCCCCCGCCCCCCCCCCCCCCCCCCCCCCCCCCCCCCCCCCCCCCCCGACAGCAGAAUGUAAACCUCAGACCAAUAAA